UUCGUUUCUUUUCCCCGACCCCAACCCCAACCCCUCUCUCAACGAAGACUUUUUCCCCCUGAGUCACGUCUUUCGAUUUCUCCUCCUCACCGCUCGAAGAUGCACGGCGGCCCAUCUGGAUUUAACAAUGCUCCGGUGACCAGGACGGUUGUGAUCGCGAGCGGUAUCCUCACCGUCAUCUUUGGCAUCAGAAGCCGUUCUAUUAGGCUUGGGUUAUCUUAUCAGGAAAUUUUCAAGCAUCUCAGGCUUUGGAGAUUUGUUGCUUCGGAGUUUGCUUUCUCAUCAACGCCAGAGUUAAUGUUUGGUCUAUACUUGCUCUAUUAUUUCAGGGUAUUUGAGCGACAGAUUGGGUCUAACAAAUAUUCAGUCUUCAUUUUAUUCUCGGUAUUGGCAUCAUUUCUUUUUGAGGUCCUAGCUUUAGUGCUUCUUAAAGAUUCUACAAGCUCACUGGCAUCUGGGCCUUAUGGUCUUAUAUUUGCCUCCUUCGUACCCUUUUAUCUUGAUAUUCCUGUCUCCUCACGGUUCCGGAUAUUUGGCAUAAACAUCAGUGACAAGUCAUUUAUAUAUCUGGCUGGUCUUCAGCUUCUCCUAUCAUCGUGGAAGCGUUCUCUUGUACCUGGAUUGUGUGGUAUACUUGCUGGUGUCUUAUAUCGUGUCAAUGCAUUCAAGAUCCGAAGGGUUAAGUUUCCAGAAUUCAUAUCAUCAUUUUUUGCGCGGUUAGCAUGGUCCUCAGGAAGCUCGUCACGUACAUCACAGAGGAAAUGCAUACAAAACUUACCUUCUGCUGCUGCUCGUCGUGUAGAGAGGAACUAUCAAGCAGCUGCGAGACCCGCAAUGCCAGAUCCUCCGGAGUCUUCUAUUGCUACACUCGUAUCGAUGGGCUUUGAUAGCAAUGCAGCGAGGCAGGCCCUUUUGAGGGCUAGAAACGACAUCAACGUCGCCACAAAUAUCCUUCUGGAAUCUCAUCAGUCUUACUGACUUUACUUCGCCAAUAUUCUUCCCUUAGAAAUUUCAGUGGUCGAAAGAGAUUAUACAAGCUCUGUUCUUUGUAAUAUCCGAUUUCUCUUGUAAUAGUUAAGAGUCCAUUCAUUAGUAGAAGUGGCAUAAAUCCUCAGAAAAUUCGGAGAAAACGAGUGGGUGUUGCACACCGAGUCUAGCCAGUUAUGUUAUAUGCUGAUAUUUUUUCCCCCUCCCUUGGAUGACGUACGUUACGGAAGAGACUACCACAGUGUAAAGUAUGGACUCUUAGGAUGCUAUGUUUUUAGGCAUGUUUAUAUCAAAUUUUAGGUUCAUAUUAUUUGUU